GGUCAGCUUCAGCUGUUGUUCAUUCACUCCAGCUGGUCGACUGGGCUGACAUAUGUCCCUCCAUCAACGCGGUAAUGAUGACCACGCAGUAAGUGAUAGUCUUAAUGGGUAGUGGGUCUAAUGUAUCGUUCCAAAGUGUAUGCGUGCCGUGGACAGUGUAAGGACAGUAUAUUUCAGGAGUAAAGUUUGUACCAUCCUUUCUCCUGCACAAUGAGUCGGAGCGAGCACUCGUUGCAGGCGCUGUCUUGGAGGAAACUGUACUUGAGUAGAGCCAAACUCAAGGCAUCGAGUAGGACAUCAGCCCUUCUUUCGGGGUUUGCUAUGGUGGCCAUGGUGGAAGUGCAGCUGGACAACUCGUACGACUACCACCCGGGCCUGCUGAUCGCCUUCAGCGCCUGCACCACGGUGCUGGUGGCCGUGCACCUGUUCGCCCUGAUGGUCAGCACCUGCAUCCUGCCCAACAUCGAGGCGGUCAGCAACGUCCACAACCUCAACUCGGUCCGGGAGUCCCCUCACGAGCGCAUGCACCGCCACAUCGAGCUGGCCUGGGCAUUCUCCACCGUCAUCGGGACCUUGCUCUUCCUGGCCGAGGUGGUGCUGCUGUGCUGGGUCAAGUUCCUGCCCGUGAGGGCCAAGGAUAAGGGAACAGUUGGAGGAGGAGGAGCCGGCGCCGGGACGGGCGAAGCGGCGCGCAACGGCACCGCCACGGGCAUCAGCGCCGGCGUGGCGGCGGCCAUCACCUCCACCUCCAUCAUGGUGCCCUUCGGCCUGGUCUUCAUCGUCUUCGCCGUCCACUUCUACCGCUCGCUGGUCAGCCACAAGACCGACCGGCAGUUCCAGGAGCUGGAGGAGCUGGAGGACCUGACGCGGCUGCAGAACGAGCUGGAUAACAGGGGGGACGUGUCGGCCCUGCAGUCCCCCACCUCCCACUACCCCUGAGCAGGUUAGAACAGGGGGGGCGUGUCGGCCCUGCAGUCCCCCACCUCCCACUACCCCUGAGCAGGUUAGAACAGGGGGGACGUGUCGGCCCUGCAGUCCCCCACCUCCCACUACCCCUGAGCAGGUUAGAAGUUAGAAGAGGCAGUUGAAGGUGAAGAUUCAUUGUGCACAUCCCAGGUCGGUCCCAGGUGUCGGCCCUGCAGUCCCCCACCUCCCACUACCUCUGAGCGGGUUAGAAGUACUAGAGUCAGUUGAAGGUGAAGAUUCGUGGUGCACGUCCCAGGAAAAAGGUGCAGGACCAAAGGCUGACUGCAGUUUUAGGAGUGAAGUCCUUUUGUUGUUUUUUUUUGUUUUUUUUCAUAGCUUGAUUACAUUUGACUUCAAAGAAGACUGUUGAAGUCGAAAUGUAAUCCAGCCAUGAUUUUUUUUUUUUUAAACAACAAAAAGGAUUUUAAGUGUGAGGCAGACUUCUCACUUCGAAAACUAUAAGUUAGAUGUAUAGGCAAGGGUGGACAGACCGGAUUGAGAAGGUAGAAGUUCUGCCAGAUGUUUCUCCUGCCUCUGUCCCUAACAUGGGGGAUUUCACUAAGCUCGAUCGUGAUGGCGCGCGCUGUGCAGACUGCGCAGCAAUGCAUGCACACUUUGCAUUCACUUCAAUGCAUUCUGGUUAGAAUUUUCUGCCCAGAAUGCAUUAUAAUUUUGCAUUGCGCAUGCGUUCUGCUAGGUCGGUGCAGCACUGCUUCAUCCCGAACAAGCCCACUUCCUAGCUCAUCUAUCUGGCUGAAGGGGUGUGGUAAUUUGGAUCAGCUAGUUCAUUAGGCUCAUUCGUGACGA